GAACCACGUACGGAGUAUAAGUUAGACUCGGCCGUCUUAACGAAAGAGAUAAAACACUUUCAGGUAGUUGUAUCACCAAGUUAAGUGCAUCAACAUGGCCAGCGUUAUAGUUGGAGAAAUUGCUGCGAAUUUGCUCAAAGGAGUUUUAAGUGGUAUUGGGUAUAAAGUGGGAGCAGAAAUGUUCGACAGUAUCUUCGCUCAGGAUGUCCCCAGCUACUUCACCAAAGUUUACGAAGAGAUCGAAAAAAUAAUGCAUCAAGAAAUAACAGCGAACACCAUCAGCGAAAUUGACGGGGAGAUAAACGGAACUACGACGUGGAUCAAAUUUGAUUACAACCCCCGAAAAGCUUCUGGUGCAUCUAAAGAUGAUUUGCAUCGUCUUUUAGAACCAAAAGUCAGUAAUUUAGCAAUCAACAUGAUCGCUGUGCUUCAGCAGAAUUUGUUUGCCGAAUCCGCGUUGGCAGUAUUCAUAGUCGGCGCUGGAGUUCACUUGUCGCUUUUGCAAGAGUUGGCGUAUGUUGAUCCAAAUGUUGAUGAUCCCCAUCAAUCAUCCUACAUUAAAACCAUCCAGAAGUAUGCUCUUGAUUACGCUGAUCACGCAGAUAAAACCUGGCAAAGUGUGAAGACUUCGAGGAAAGCACUGAUCACUGAGGUGAAAAGAGACGAAAUCUGGCUAAUACGAGUAACGGUGGUAUGGAGCAAAUGGACAGACGAGUUAACAGGAGAGACGUUCCCAGUUAGUACCAUCUGGGUUGGUGUUUUCUUUGGUAUUGGAAUUUGGUCGAAUGGUAACCGCCAAGAACUUGAAAAUCGUGCGAAUGCCAAUCGUACGGAAUACAUCAAUACGACAAUACCAAAGCUUCAAAAAGAGAUGCACGACCCUCCACACGCAGCGGAAACAUGGAGAAAACUUGUCGAUCAACCCCUGCCAGUUGUGUCAUGAUCCCUCGUAAUUUGCUUUGAAUUUCUUGAAUUCCGACUGAUUUAAACUAUAAUUAUAAAUAGUUUUGAAGUCCUAAUGUUUUGAAGUUCCCGAAUAAAGGAAGUUUAAUUUAAGUAAUUUGAACGUGUUCGUGGAACAUGUUUACAUGUGAUUCGACUUUCUAUUUCUACUUUCACUUAUCUACCUUGCUAUUCCUUAGAGAUAUUUUAGCUUAUAUUUAACCGACGUUAAAUAAAUAAUACGAAAAUUUACAAUUAUACAACAAUCAUGUACUAUGAAAGAAUAAUAAGAUUACUUGUAGACUUGUUUAACCGUGCUGUAUCAUUAUGGUAUAUAUAGGCACAAUAUGAUUACUGCAUGUGUGUAUGAAAAAUAAUGAAAUCCAAUACAAUAACCUUGUUAAGA